AUGGAUUUGAGUGAGAAGUUGAGAGAGGCUGCUCAAGAAGGCAAUAUUGACGGCUUGUAUGCAAUUAUUCAGGAGGAUCCAUACAUUUUGGAGAGCAUUGAUAAAGUUCCUUUCGAGGAUACUCCAUUGCACGUAGCUGUAGCCGCAGGGCACGAUGAUUUUGCAAUGGAGAUCAUGAACUUAAAGCCAUCAUUUGCCAGGAAGCUGAACAAAGGUGGCUAUAGUCCAAUUCACCUAGCGUUGCAGAAUGAGAAAACUGUACGUCGUCUCUUGGCUGCAGAUAAGGGUCUGGUUCGUGUCAAAGGGAGGAAGGGCUACACUCCUUUACAUUGCGUGGCCGAACAAGGGAACCUUCGUCUUUUAGCCCAAUUUCUGGUGGAUUGUCCUGACUGUGUUCAGGACGUGACGAUAUUAAACGAGACUGCUUUGCACGUUGCUGCAAGGAGCAAUAAACUUGAAGCUCUUCAAGUCCUGACUCAAUCGCUUAGAAGGACCUAUUUCUACAGUUCUUCUUUAGGGAAAAAGCUCUUGAACUGGAAGGACAAAGAUGGCGACACUGUGUUGCAUAUAGCUGCAUCUAAUAAUCUACCUCAGAUGAUCAAAUUGUUGUUAGAUUCCAAAGUUAAUAUCAAUAAGACCAAUUCCAGAGGUAAGACAGCAUUGGAUGUCAUACGAGAACUCCCAGUUUGCAAAUCUGCAAAAAGAAAGGCAAUGGACAUUCUACUAGAGGCCGAAGAUUUGAACGCUUCAUUGACCCCAAGAGCUCAAUCCUUACACGAAUUGUUAGGAUCAAAAAUUACAUUUCUUGAAAGAGCAUUCGGUGAAGUGUUUUAUGAUAUUACAAAUAUGUCAGCUGAAAGGAGCAGUGCAGUUCUAGUUAUAUUGGUCCUGAUUCUAACAUCCACUUACCAAGCCACCCUCAGCCCUCCCGGUGGUGUGUCGCAGGGAGGGAAAUCGGCUCUGAGUUCAACUUCUUUUCUUUUUUUCUAUAUCCCAAACACCAUUGCUUUUAUCAUCACAUUGAUUCUAACACUUUGGCUUCUCGCAUUUCAUGCUAGUGGGAUCAGUACUCUUCUUCUAGUGCCACUACUUCUCUUAUAUUUUUGCCUCCUGAGUUCUACAUUUGACAUAUCACCCACUUCGGCUGUGAUAAUAUUUGGUGUUCUUCCAUUUCUUAGUUUACCUGUAAUGCUAAGAGUCAUGGGACAUGCACAAAGGAUCAAGAAAUAUAUGGUUGAAGAAGUUUAA